UCCUUCGCAUUUUCAUCGGGCUGUUCUGUCACAACAAUAAAUAUUUUGAACCGCAAACUUUUCGGACGCUUCCGUUCAGUUUUGGUAAUUUUAUUCGUGUCCGCCAACGGCAGUUCGAAAUCAUGGAAACCAAAACUGGAACCUGCAGAAUAUGUUCCUGUGGAGGAACCGCUCCCAAAGAUUUGAAAUCAAUCCACAGCAGGGAUGAAGAAAGUGGAUUUGUGAUAGCAGCUAUGAUGGAGGAACUGGCGGAUGUGGUGAUUAACGACGACAAUUCCCGUCCGCAGGAGAUUUGCCUAGAGUGUGUGCAGAAAGUGUCGAUUGGAUGCGAUAUCCGAAGGGCUAUUCGACGAGCAGAACACGGUGCUGAUCUGGUGGAAAUCCUCCAGAUGGAGCCGGAUGACGAUGUUCCGGAAGACCCGAUUGUCGUUGGGACGGAAAUAAAACUGGAGCAGUUGUUGGAGAAAAACAAUGAAGAGUUUGAGUACGAAUUCCUAGAAGAGGAAUAUUUGGGUGAGGGUGAGGACGGUUCGGUGGUCAAAGAUCACAACUCUGAGGGAUUUGGCCCUAAAAUUGAGUUUGUAGAUAUGACGGUAGAGGGAAUCAAAAGACGCGCAGCGUCUCCGCUGAAUUAUCCGUCAAAGAAGACUAAUAUUGAGCGAACCUAUCAGAAACCCAGAUUUUCAAUGCCAAAAGCGGAGGUCAUCUUGCAGAAGGUUGAUCACCAAACGCAUUACAUCCUAGAGGUGAAAGGAGACCGCUGCUGUGGGUGCAGUUAUGUUGGAAGCAAUCGAAGGGAACUGCUCCAGCACUCGGACAGCGAGCAUGCGAUCGAGAUUGCUGGAAGUGGCAACUAUUGUCCUAUAUGCUUCUGCGAGUUCACCAGCGAAAGUGCACUGACCCGGCAUAUCGAUGGGUCCCGGUCGAAGUCAAUCUACGUGUGUAAGGCGUGCGAACGGUAUUUCAACAGUCCGAGGCAGUUGGACGUGCAUCUGGGACAUUGUAGGGGAAGCGACACGAUUAGCGACCACGUGGACGAAGGUAAAGAAUCGCAGACUAUUGAAGAUGAUGACGAAGGUGAAGAGCAAAGUACCAUCGCCAACAGCGACGACGAGAGCGAUUGGGAGUUUACUGUGGAGGAACGGGAAUCGGAUCUCGAUGAAUUUGAGCCGCCAGCAUCCGUGGGCAAAACUAGCCGGAGAUCAAACAAUAAGGAAUUGACGAAGCAUGGUGAAGAUUACAUCAAAAGUCCAGAUGGUGUCCCAUUCGGUCCGAUAGAUGAAAAACAUGUGGUUCUUCGAAUUCCGUUGGCUACAUUUGAAUUUAUUAAGCUCAACGGGGAGAGAUGCUGUGGGUGUGCUUUUACCUGCGAUAGUCGUUUGCAGUUGUUUGGCCAUGCCAAAGAGUGCCACAAUGAUAACGAUGAGGGUCGUUUGGAUGAAUAUGCGUUCGCUUGUCCCAUCUGUGCGCAGAUGUUUGAAGAUCAGAAUGAGCUUUCCAAACAUAUCAAUUGCAACACUACAAAGUUCUUGUUUAUAUGUACAAUUUGUAAUGAAGCUUUUGCUGGAAUAAAGUCUUUGAGAUAUCAUCAAGAGCAUAGCAAAAAGCAUUACCAAUUGAUCCAUGACUCGGAAUCAGUAGAUAAGCCACUUGUUGAACUGAAGGAUUCAAGUAUAGUGGAAGCAAUUGAAAAAGAAUUGCAACAACCAGGCAGAAAUAAGAAUUAUUCGAGGACAAACAAUAGAUCCAUAACGAAACAUCGUCAUCUGAGAAUGCCGGAUGCACGUUUCAUAGAGCACAUCGAUCAUCUUCAGAAUCACGAAGUGCUGACAAUUUGCGGUGAGAGAUGCUGCGGAUGCGGAGAAUUCUUCGACACAAUCAACGAAGUACUGCACCACGGACAUACGACCCAUCUGACCGAGAAUGCGGACUCAAUAGGCGAAUACCAAUGUGAUAUUUGCUUCGCUCGUUUUGAAUACAGACGUGGUCUAUUCAUGCACAGAACCUCGAAGAGAGCUAUCAGCAUGUUGUUCCGUUGCAAGAUAUGCAACCUCAUGUUCUCGAAGCAGAAAAGCAUUGAGAAGCAUCUGCAAAACGCGCCCAACCAUCUGACCCUUUCGGAGAUUGACGUAGCGACAGAAUGUGAUGGCUCAGAUGCAAAUUGCAUUCCACCAUUGCAGUACAGAUUCCACUGUUGCUUGGCAAAAUGUACGGAAGAAUUCGUCAGUGAGGAUCUUCUGCUGGCCCACUGCGUAGAUCACCAUGCCGGAAAGCGGCGCGAAAACGAAGCCGAACGAACCAACGACGAAAACGUGUGCCCCGGUUGCCUGAAAUCGUUCGAAAAUACGACCUGCCUCGUGUGGCACCGGUACAAUCGCUUCACCAAGCAGUACAUCUGCAGAUUCUGUGGAACGGCUUUCAACCGCUGGAACCUCUUCCGAGAGCACGAAGAUGUGGUCCACCUGGGCAAAACCCACGAGUACCCGUGUGACAAGUGCGAGAAGGUGUUCCGAACGCCCCAGCGGCUCAAAACCCACCAGGAAACGCAUUCCGAAGUUCGGAAAGAAGUCUGCGACGAGUGCGGUGCUACGUUCCGGAACAAGGGUGUCCUCAAGCGGCACCGGCGAACGGUCCAUGCCAACGAGAAACCAUUCGCCUGUCAGCACUGUCCAAAGAUGUUACCCACCCAGGAGCAGCUGAAGGCGCACUUGCGGGUGCACACCGGGGUCAAACCGUACGCGUGUCGAUUCUGCGAGCGGUCCUUCUCGCACUUCACCGACCGCAAGCGGCACGAAAUGUCGGCCCACACCGGAGAGCGACCGUUCCGGUGUCCGCACUGUCCGGCGGCCUACAUCCGGAAUCGGGAGCUGUUGGUUCACUUGCAGAAACAUGCGGAAGAUGGCACCGUAGAUUUUUCUAAGAUGUAAUAAACUAAUUCAUGUCAUGAAGGACAUCCAUUUUGUAUACUAA